GUUAGUUUAGCUUGCGAACAUGGCGUUGCCGAUGGCGUACCAGACGGGACCCGCCGUGCCCGACUGGCUCAACAAGGGCGACAACGCAUGGCAGAUGAUCUCGGCCACGCUCGUCGGCCUGCAGAGCGUGCCGGGGCUCGUCAUCCUCUACGGCAGUAUCGUGAAGAAGAAGUGGGCCGUCAACUCCGCCUUCAUGGCGCUCUACGCCUUCGCCGCAGUCUGGAUCUGCUGGGUCACCUGGGCCUACAACAUGUCUUUCGGCCACCAUCUGUUACCCUUCUGGGGCAAGGCCGGCCCUGCACUCGGGCAAAAUUUCCUCCUCAAUCAGGCGAUACUGCCGGCAACCGAGCACGAUCACAAAGACGGCACCCUGGAGACGGGCGAACUCGAACUCCUGUACCCCAUGGCCUCCAUGGUGUACUUCCAGUGCGUCUUUGCGGCCAUCACCCUCAUCCUCCUUGCCGGCUCCCUCCUCGGCCGCAUGAACUUCAAGGCGUGGAUUCUCUUCGUCCCCUUGUGGCUCACCUUCUCCUACACCAUCGGCGCCUUCUCCCUCUGGGGAGGCGGCUUCCUCUUCCAAUGGGGCGUCAUGGACUACUCCGGCGGCUACGUCAUCCACCUCUCCUCCGGCAUCGCUGGCUUCACCGCCGCCUAUUGGGUCGGUCCGAGGUCGACCAAGGACAGGGAGAGGUUUGUCCCCAACAACUUGUUGCUGAUGCUGGCCGGAGCCGGGCUGCUGUGGUUGGGGUGGGCGGGGUUCAACGGCGGCGACCCCUACGCCGCCAACAUAGACUCUUCGCUCGCGGUGCUCAACACCAACAUCUGCGCCGCCACCAGCCUUCUGGUCUGGACGUGCCUCGACUCCAUCUUCUUCAAGAAGCCCUCGGUGAUCGGAGCGGUGCAGGGAAUGAUCACUGGCCUCGUCUGCAUCACUCCCGGUGCAGGGCUGGUCCACGGUUGGUCUGCCAUAAUAAUGGGAAUGCUAUCUGGCAGCGUUCCCUGGUUCACCAUGAUGGUGGUGCACAAGCGCUCCCGCCUGCUCCAGAAAGUGGACGACACCCUCGGCGUCUUCCACACCCACGCCGUCGCCGGCUUCCUCGGGGGCGUAACCACCGGCAUCUUCGCCGAACCCCGUCUCAGCGGCCUCUUCGUCGCCGUCACCAACUCCCGCGGCCUCAUCUACGGUAGCCUUGUGCAGGUGCUGAAGCAGGUGGUGGGUGCCAUGUUCGUCAUCGGGUGGAACGUGGUUAUGACCACCCUCAUCUGCGUCGCCAUUAGGUACGUGAUGCCGCUGCGCAUGUCGGAGGAGCAGCUCGCCAUCGGCGACGACGCAGUGCACGGCGAGGAGGCCUACGCGCUGUGGGGCGACGGGGAGAAGUACGAUUCCACCAAGCAUGGCGUGCACGAUGACGAGACGCUGCACAACAAGGUGGCCACCGGAGUCACACAAAACGUAUAAGAAGAUAUCCAAGUUGUCAGCAAGCACAAAGUCUGUUCAAGCGUAAGAGGAGGGAGUGAUAAGGACAUUGGUAAUUGAGUUGACACCUUUUGUUACGCCCAGUUCAUUGGGUAACGAAUAAAUAGGGUUCUAGUUUGAAGUUUGGAGAAGUGUGCAUGUCGCUUGUAACCCUAGGUUAUUUAAUUUGAUCUCAAAAACUUGAUU